AUGGACGGACAACUACGUCCAGUAGCAGUUUCAUGCAAUAACCGAGAUUAUGCCGAUAGUCUACCACCCGGAUACCGCUUUUGUCCCACGGACGCAGAGAUCAUCCUUUACUACUUGAUCCCGCAGAUUGAAAAAGGAACACACCCUCCGUGCCGGCUACACAAGGUCAAUAUUUACGACCACACUCCUGAAGAACUUGCUGCAGCACAUAAGCCAUGUGAUGCAAAUUGGUACUUUCUGACACCAAGAACGCGAAGAUAUGCGAAUGGGAAACGCCCUAGUAGGACCACGAAAGGGCGUGGAUAUUGGCACGCGAGUCAGAGUUAUGCAAAGGUUAAAGAUCCGGGGGUGGUGAAUGGACAAGUAGUGGAUGUUGGAAGGAAACUAAGUUUGGCAUACUUUGACAGAAACAAUAACAAGACCUCAUGGCUAAUGCAUGAGUAUACCACCAAUGAUCCUGAUCUCCCUACUGGAAGCGACAAAGAUGGCACCAAGUUAACUGAUUGGGUGAUAGCUAAGAUAUACAAGAAGCCUGGGAGCAAAUCCAACAAUUAUUGUAAUAAGACUCUAGCAGUUUCAAACACUAGUAGUACCAAGCAAAAUGAUCAACAAGGGGAGAUUAAUGAAGAACAAAAUCAAAAUCAGCCACCUACUGCAGAUGAUGAUGAGGAUCAACCGCCUUCACCUAAACGACAAAGACUAUCUCACGGCAGCAGUAGUAGUACUCAAGAACUUGAACACCCUACUCAUCAUCAUGAAGAGGAGCAGCAAAUACUAAUCACUACUCGAUGUUAUUGGAUUCAGAUCAACUAUGUUUAUCAGUUGAAGACAUAG